AUGGCCAAUCAACCUUUAGCUAGUGGACUUAGUGCUCAAGUCAAAAGGAAGCUUGAAGGAAAGCGAGACAGAGAUCAAGAACAAAGUGUACUUGAUUGGAUAGAGGCCGUACUUGGCACUAAGGUGGACCGCUCUAAGCCAUAUGAAGAGAUAUUGAAAGAUGGAGUGCUACUUUGCAAAGUUAUCAAUAAACUAAAACCUGGUAGUGUUAAGAGAAUCAAUGAGAACGCUACUAUGCCAUUUAAAAUUAUGGAAAAUAUCAAUGCAUUUCAAGAAGCAAUUAAAGCAUACGGUGUGCCUACUGCUGAUGUUUUUCAAACAGUCGAUUUAUUCGAGAAAAAGGAUAUUGCUCAAGUGACACAAUGUCUUUAUGCUCUUGGAAGAACAUGUCAAACACAUACGGAAUACAAUGGCCCUACUUUAGGUCCAAAAUUAGCUCAAGAGAAUAAACGUGAAUUCACUGACGAACAACUACGUGAAGGUGCGAAUGUGAUUAGUUUACAAUAUGGCACAAACAAAGGUGCUUCACAAGCUGGCAUGACAAUGGGCAAACAAAGAAUGAUUCUUGAUUAA